AAACCACCACAUUGUCGGCAUCGCCGUCGUCAACGUGGACGGCAUGGUCAUGGGGAUAAACAAAGACAACGUCCUGGCCAACCAAAACCUGAAGAAGCUCAAGGUUUACUUGAUCUGGGGCCAGUGGCAGGCCGCCAAGCUCAUCCACACAGGGCUCGAGAACGCUUCGCUCGCUGACGGUACCAUCCAGCAGUACAUGGCAAGCCGAGGGAUGGGUCGCAUCUCGGCGGGUACGAGCAUCACGGCUUCCUACCUGGACGAGGCGACCUACGUCACGGUGCAGAGGAUCAACAACAUCGUGCGGACCGCCCACACAGUGGCCAGCAUCGGG